AUGUACAGGAAUGUGUAUACUGGAGUGAGGAGUAGAGUUGGAGAGCCAGAUGAAUUUGAGAUGGGAGUGGGAUUACACCAGGGGUCGGCUCUUAGCCCAUUCAUCAUCAACAUCGUAAUGGAUGUAAUGACCAAGGAUGUUAGAGAAGCAGUGCCAUGGUGCAUAUUAUAUGCAGAUGACAUUGCGUUGUGUUCAGAGGAGAGAGGCAUGAGAAUAAGAAGAUCAAAAACCGAAUAUAUGUGUUCCUGUAUUACUGAGGAUAGCGGAAAUAGCAUAAGAUUGGGUGGGGAAGAAAUAAAGAGAGUACAGAUGUUCAAGUACUUAGGGUCCGUAUUAGAGGAUAGUAUAUGGAAGCACUGA